AUGGCUUCAAGGUUGCAGCUCGCUCGUGGUCGACUGCUGCGCUCCCCAGCGCUAUCAUCGCCAAACCGUAUAUUUCACCCUACUCAACAAAUACGUUUACCUCCGCACACGCGGGUCCUACCUUCCGUCAUAACUAAAACAUCCUUAUUUCAGCCUGUAUCCCCGGCUCGCAACUAUGCGAGUGGACGCCCUCACCCCCCUGGCGGUACUCACCGCAUGAAUUUGGGAGGCGAGCCGGAGAAGUCAGCUUUAGAACAAUUUGGUGUUGAUCUUACCGCAAAGGCGAAGGCCGGCAAGUUGGACCCCGUCAUCGGGCGAGACGCUGAGAUCCAUCGAACUAUUCAGGUUUUGUCAAGAAGAACGAAAAACAACCCGGUAUUGAUAGGAGCCGCUGGUACGGGGAAAACAGCGGUCUUGGAGGGUUUGGCUCAAAGGAUUGUCCAGGGAGAUGUCCCGGAAAGUAUCAAGGACAAACGUGUCAUCUCUCUAGAUCUGGGUGCGCUUAUAGCUGGUGCAAAAUUCAGAGGUGAUUUCGAAGAACGCUUGAAAUCUGUCCUCAAAGAGGUCGAAGAGGCGCAAGGUGGUGUGAUCCUAUUCAUUGACGAGCUGCACACUUUACUCGGUCUCGGAAAGGCAGAGGGUAGCAUCGAUGCUAGCAACCUUCUGAAACCGGCCUUGUCAAGGGGCGAGCUCCAGUGCUGUGGCGCUACCACUUUGAAUGAAUACAGAUUGAUCGAGAAGGAUGUCGCACUAGCGAGACGGUUCCAGCCGAUCAUGGUCGGAGAGCCGUCCGUGCCCGCCACUAUAUCGAUCUUGCGUGGUAUAAAGAACAAGUACGAAGUCCACCACGGUGUACGGAUCACAGACGGAUCUUUGGUGGCGGCAGCAACUUACAGUAACCGUUAUAUCACCGACCGUUUCCUUCCGGACAAGGCUAUUGAUCUAGUGGAUGAGGCUGCCUCAGCCCUACGACUGCAGCAAGAAUCAAAACCAGAUGUAAUUCGUGAACUAGAUCGAGACAUCACCACUAUCCAAAUCGAGCUCGAAUCCCUGCGCAAGGAAACCGAUGUCAGCAGCCGUGAGAGACGAGAAAAACUACAGGAAGACUUAAAAGCCAAACAAGAAGAAGCCGCCAAACUGACGGAGACUUGGGAGAAAGAGAAGGCUGAAAUUGAGACUCUCAAGCGUACCAAGGAGGACCUAGAGCGUGCUCGUUUCGAACUUGAGCAGGCUCAGAGAGAAGGAAAUUUCGCAAAAGCUGGCGAGUUGAGAUACUCCACCAUCCCAAGUCUCGAGGCCAAGCUGCCGAAGGAAGGUGAAGAGCAGGUUGCAGGAUCUCAGAGUCUGAUUCAUGAUUCUGUCACAGCCGAUGACAUUGCCAACGUUGUUUCGCGAACUACCGGCAUUCCUGUCAAUAAGCUCAUGGCCGGAGAAGUUGAAAAACUGAUCCGAAUGGAGGACACUCUGCGGCAGUCAGUUCGGGGCCAGGAUGAGGCACUUUCUGCAGUAGCAAACGCAGUCCGCAUGCAGAGAGCAGGUCUUAGUGGCGAAAACCGGCCACUGGCAUCGUUCAUGUUCCUCGGUCCUACAGGUGUUGGAAAGACCGAACUCUGCAAGAAGAUGGCCGAGUUUUUGUUUUCCACCGAGACAGCCGUUGUGAGAUUUGACAUGAGUGAAUUCCAAGAAAAACACACGAUCAGUCGCUUAAUCGGUUCUCCCGCCGGCUACGUGGGCUAUGACGAUGCCGGCCAGCUCACAGAAGCCGUCAGACGGAAGCCGUAUGCGGUCCUUUUGUUCGAUGAAUUUGAGAAAGCUCAUCGUGACAUAUCUGCCUUACUGCUUCAAGUUUUGGAUGAGGGCUUCCUCACGGAUGCUCAGGGACACAAGGUUGAUUUCAGAAAUACCCUUAUUGUCCUCACCUCUAACCUGGGAGCGGAUAUCCUUGUGGGCUCGGAUCCCCUGCAUACUCUCAAACAGACGGAUAAUGACGAGAUUUCCCCUGAUACCAAGAAAGCAGUCAUGGAUGUUGUGCAACAUGCAUAUCCCCCAGAGUUCCUCAAUCGGAUCGAUGAAUUUAUUAUAUUCAAGAGACUUUCUCGGGAAGCUCUUAGGGACAUUGUUGAUAUCAGACUCAAAGAGCUUCAAUCAAGGCUCGACGAUAGAAGGAUGACACUGCAGGUGGACAGUGAGAUCAAGGACUGGCUUUGCGAAAAAGGGUACGACCCUAGAUAUGGUGCCCGUCCCCUCAACCGCCUAAUCGCAAAGGAAAUCGGCAACAGGUUGGCCGAUAAAAUCAUCCGUGGUGAAGUUACCUCUGGACAAACCGCCCAUGUUUCAUUCAACGCCGACAAGAGUGGGCUUGAAGUUACUGCGGAAGGAACAAAGACUGAAGAUGCAACAAAUGCAACGUACCCAACAGAGACCGAAAACCCAUAA